AUGUGUGUGAUAGUGGCUUUGCUAUUAUGCUACGCUUCUAUUACUAGUCAAUCUGCUACCUUAAUGAAAGCAGAGGAGAAACGUGCUCUGCUUCAAACCAAGUGGUGGAAUACUAGUAUUACUCCCUACAACGUCUCAGACCCUUGUUACUGGCAUGACGAGAUAUCUUGCAAUGAUUUUGGAAGCGUUACUCAGAUGUCUCCACUCCAAAUCACUUCACAGCACCCUCGACUAGGAGAUCUCAACUUGACAGCAUUUUCUUAUUUAGAAGAACUUGAGCUUUCAGGAAUGGGUUUGACAGGUACCAUAUCAACUCAAAUUGAAGCUCUUCAACAUCUUAGACAUUUGGGCUUGUCUUAUAACAAUCUUGCUGGUACCAUUCCAAUUCAAAUAGAAGCUCUUCAAAAUCUCACUCAUUUGGACUUGUCUAAUAAUUGCCUUACUGGGGAGACAGUAGAGAAUCAAAAGCGCGCACUACUUCAGAGCAAAUGGUGGAAUAUUAGCGAUAGUGGAUCCAACUACCACUACUGUGACUGGGAUGGCAUAUCCUGUGACAACUUUGAAAAUGUUGUUAAAAUUAACCAACCAAGAAUCCAUUUAGAGCGGCCUCGGCUGACAGAUCUCAACUUCACUGCAUUUCAAGAACUAGAAUAUUUGAUUCUUCGUGGAAUGGGGCUAAAAGGUAACAUUUCAACUCAGAUAGAAGCUCUUCAACAUCUUCGCUAUCUAAACUUGUCUGAUAACAAUAUUAAAAGUUAUCUCCCUUCUUCAAUUUUCAAUCUGACAAACUUAGAAGAGCUUGAUGUUUCUCAAAAUCAAAUAAUUGGUGGUAUACCAAAAGAGUUUGGAAAUUUCCAUUCUCUUACUGUUAAUCUCUCCCACAAUAAGCUAACAGGAAACGUUCCUUACCUUAGGAACUAUCUCGAUUUUCAAGUUGAUUUGAGUCACAACAAAAUUAAUGGAGAAUUACCAUCAAACAUAUGCACUUCCCCAUCAAAAUGUAGCAUUGAUUUGAGCUACAAUAAUGUCCAUGGUAUUAUACCAAUAGAACUUCGUAUGUUGAAAUACAUCAACUUAUCAUACAAUAUUUUGAGUGGAUAUGUUCCGAGAGAAGUUUAUAGCUCUUUUCCUCCAGAUGUUUUUAUUGGCAAUAAAGAAUUACUUGGUUUAGAAAAGAUCCAUGAUUCUUCCAAAUUUCUGAAGAUCAUUAUUCCUUUGACAAUAUUUAUUUCCAUCAUAUUAUUUGUGGGUUUGGUCUUCAUUAUAUCAUUAAAAAAGAAUGGGGAAUCCAAGAUUGAGAGGAGAGAAACAAAAAAAGGAGAUUUGUUUUCCAUAUGGAAUUUUGAUGGUAAAAUUGCAUAUGAAGAUAUCAUUGAAGCAACAAAGGACUUUGACAUUAGAUAUUGUAUUGGAACUGGUGCCUAUGGAAGUGUUUACAGGACAGAACUUCCAAGUGGCAAGAUUGUAGCUGUGAAAAAACUUCAUGGGAGAGAAUAUGAAAACCCAACAUUUUCAAAGAGUUUUCACAAUGAAGUGAAAAUGCUAAUUGAAAUUCGACAUCGCAGUAUUGUAAAGCUUCAUGGCUUUUGUUUGCAUAAUCAAUGCAUGUUUCUCAUCUAUGAAUACAUGGAAAGUGGAAGCCUUUUGUAUGUUUUGAACCAUGAUGAUGAAGCUAAAGAGUUGGAUUGGAGCAAGAGAGUGAAUGCCAUAAAGCGGAUAGCAAAUGCCUUGUUUUACAUGCAUCAUGAUUGUGCUCCCCCAAUUAUCCAUCGAGACAUAACAAGUAGUAAUAUACUGUUGAACUCAAAGAUGGAGGCUUUUAUAUCUGACUUUGGCACAGCAAGAAUCAUUGAUCCAAAUUCAUCAAAUCAAACUCUUUUAGUUGGUACAUAUGGUUAUGUUGCUCCAGAGCUUGCGUACACCUUAGUUGUGACCGAAAAAUGUGAUGUGUAUAGUUUUGGAGUGGUGACAUUGGAAACAAUCAUCGGUAAACAUCCUGGAGAUUUAAUAUCAUCUAUGUCAAAGGCCUGCACUAAAAGCAUUUUGUUAAAAGAUGUUGUGGACACACGUCUCCCACUACCAUUAAGACAAGAUGCAAGAGAUGUGAUUCUUUUGGUCACAAUAGCAAUAGCAUGCUUGAAUCCAUCUCCCAAAUCUCGACCAACAAUGCAGCAAGUGACUCAAAGGCUAUUGUUGCCCAAGCUGGAGUCAUUCACUAUUCCUUUCAAUGAUAUCUCAAUUCAACAUAUAGUGAAUCAAGAUAUACAAAUUAUCUAG